AGUGCGGAUCUACAAAGUUUGUCCGCUGCGGGGCACCGUAGUUGCCUUUACCUUAGCCGGACGGGCUGAUCUGAGCUGGGCGGCUGAAGCCCGUUUCAGCUUAGGAGACCCUGAUGGCUGCAGUGUUUCUAGUAACGCUCUAUGAGUACUCGCCGCUUUUCUACAUCGCGGUGGUCUUUACCUGCUUCAUUGUGACCACCGGCCUGGUAUUGGGAUGGUUUGGUUGGGAUGUUCCAGUAAUUUUGAGAAAUUCAGAAGAGACCCAGUUCAACACAAGAGUUUUCAAAAAGCAAAUGAGACAAGUCAAGAAUCCUUUUGGUUUAGAGAUCACUAAUCCAUCUUCAGCUUCAAUUACAACUGGCAUAACUUUGACAACAGAUUGCCUUGAAGAUAGCCUCCUUACAUGCUACUGGGGGUGCAGUGUUCAAAAAUUAUAUGAGGCUCUGCAGAAGCACUUUUAUUGCUUCCGAAUAAGCACUCCCCAAGCAUUGGAAGAUGCUGUGUAUAGCGAAUAUCUCUAUCAAGAACAGUAUUUUAUUAAAAAGGACAGCAAAGAAGAAAUAUAUUGCCAGUUACCAAAAGACACUAAAAUUGAAGACUUUGGUACAGUGCCCAGAUCUCGCUAUCCAUUGGUAGCGCUGUUGACCCUAGCUCAUGAGGAUGACCGAGAAAUUUAUGAUAUUGUUUCCAUGGUGUCAGUAAUUCAUAUUCCUGAUAAGAAUUAUAAGCUUUCCUGUAGAAUAUUAUAUCAAUAUUUACUCCUGGCUCAAGGUCAAUUUCAUGAUCUUAAGCAACUUUUCAUGUCUGCAAAUAAUAAUUCCACUCCCUCCAGCAAUUCCUCUCCAGAAGAAAAAAGCAUAGACCGAAGUUUGUUGGAAAAGGCUGGACUCUCCGAAAGUGAAGUAGAUCCUCCAGAGGAGAAUAGCAAAGACUGUGUUGUUUGCCAGAACGGGACUGUGAACUGGGUGCUCCUGCCCUGUAGACACACGUGUUUGUGUGAUGGCUGUGUGAAAUAUUUUCAGCAGUGCCCAAUGUGCAGGCAAUUUGUUCAGGAAUCUUUUGCACUUUGUAGUCAAAAGGAGCAAGAUAAAGACAAACUGAAAACUCUCUGAGGCUGUUGUUAAAACUGAAAAGUGUAUUUUCUACUGAAGAUGCAGAAACUUGUGUUCUUGGAACUAAUCAUAACAUGGAAUCUACAGUGUUAACCCUCAUUGAAAAUUGUAGUUUAUUUAACUUCAUAUUUGUAUGGUUCCUGGAUGAUGAAAGUUAAUUAUUUCUUCCUGUUCAGUGUGGUAAUAUUGGAAUGCCAUCUGUAUUAAUAUAUAAAAAUUCAUUCAGCUCUUGAGAGAAAUAUAAACGUUUGGCCUUUUAUCAGCUAGAGGAUUUCAUAUAACGUCAAUUAGAAAAAUUCUGAAAAGCAAUCCAUCUAAAAUUUGAGGAAGUAAAAGUCUUAAGAUUUCCAAACGUUUUUCCUUUAACAUAAUCUGGAAUACAGUUAGGAAAAAAUUGAAUUCCUAAUACAAGUGUAUGUUCCCCAGUUUAUAGAGGAGAUGGAAAGGGCUUCUAACUUUAUGUCCUUUCCUGAAAUAUCAGUUUUUAUAAAUAUCCAUCUGUUUGGUUUCUAAUUUUUCUUAUAAUCAUAGUCACAUGAACACAUCUUAAUUUUUAAAUAUAACUUCUUAUAUCAUAAAUGCAAUAUACAAUUCUUGACUGUUCUCAGUGUAUCAUAGAUUUAAAUGAUAUUUAUAGAAAACAUAUAAAAGAAGCAUAAUAAAAUUUCUUAGGUAGUUCAGUUUAUUGUCAAAUAUGAUUAAAUUAGCACACUGUGAUCUAUCUGGGAAGAUCUGUGAGACUCUUAAUCCUUACCUUAGAUUUCCUCCUGCACAGCAAAUCCAUCCAAAACUGGAGAGGUCUUAGAGCAAGAAAAAUCACUAAAAGAAACAAAUGACUAUUUUUUUUCUAGAGUAUUUUUAUUCCAAAUAAACCCCAUAUCCUUCUGGAUAGUAAAUUACUUUGCUCCCUUGUUAUAUCCUCAUAAGAGUUGAUAAAUCUGAUAGGCAAAAUGGCCCCAUCCCUCACUCCUUCCAAGAUGACUAAGAAAAAGGUAAAUCAGAGCUUCCUGUGUCUUCAGUGCAAAUUACCUUCAACUCACCAAGAAAUCAGAUCACAGCAAAUAAACUAUGACAUUCAGGGAGAUAUUCAAGGCUUUUUUUGUCAUGUUUUUAUGAAGAAUAAUGCUUUGUAUCAAUGUUUUUACAUAAUGUCAUUUCAUCCAAUCAAAUAUAGCACUCUCAAAAAGAUAUUACCUAUUUUCCAUUUUGUAAAACGAAUCAAACUUUGUUCAACAGCUGUGUAAUAAAUACCUUCUUGGAGUCAGA